AUGGAGCAGAAAUUUUACGGGGAUGAUAUUAAGUCUGUCAACGAUGACUUAAACGAAGCUAGAUCUUCUAUGCAGAAUGAGAUCCUCGAUAUAAAGAGCGAUUUAUUGUCCGUGUAUCUUAUGAAUCUUGUCAUAUACAAGGAAAUGAAUGAGGAAGAUAGGGCCGGAAGUUCAGUGGAGGAGAUGCUGGCCAAGACAAGCAUUCUUCUUGAAAAAAUAUGUUAUAUGGAGAACAAGGCCUUGGCACUUGCCAAGAUGCCACCGAACGAUGAACAUAAAAGUUGUGAAAGGAAAGAGGAUUCCGAAGAAUGUGGAAAAAGAAUUAUAACGGACAAGAUGAAGAAGAACAAGUUUGUCAAAAAAAGAAAUAUAGAGGACAGAAUACCAAGGCUUAAGUACAAAAACAAGGCCAGAAAGCUUUCUGAAAUGGCAGAGGUCAAGCAUGAUGGAAACAUAGACAUUAAGAGACCCAGCUUUAAUAAAUUUAACUAG